AGCAAACGCAGUUAAUUAGCACGAUUAGGUGGCCGCCCACCCCGCGCGGGCAGCAAGUAAACUCGGGACUGACUCCAAGGAGGAUCAAGGGCCACCACCCGCAUGCGGCGCUUGCAUGCACCGGCCUGUCAUCGAGAGGGACGAUCUUCCGCACCGUGGCCCACACACGCACGACGUUUCGUGUCCCGCCUCGGUUAUUGCCAGUGUCUUUCGACCACCUUUUUUUUCUGACUUGGAUCCAACUUGAGAGACAGAGCGAGACCAAAGAGAGAGCGAGAGAGGGGGCGGGGAAAGACAGUUGCGCCCCCGGGCUUAGGUCGACUGUGGCCCGGUUUGUGAGGAUGUAGGUAUGUAUAUAAGUCAGAGCGAGGAGCUUCCAGGUGCGCAACCCUUUUUCGAGCUCGCAAGCUAGUUCUGGUGUGUUGCUCUGUCUGCCCUGCGCUCCUCUACUUUGUACUGAGCAUAUCUACUGUCCCACUUCCUUCUCCCUUCUUUUCCCCCCUCCUCUCCUUCUUUUACACCCAAUUGCGAUCUCUCCAGGUAGGCUGACUUUCAACAGCUCUGUCAGACUGGUCUUCAGUAUGGGUUCGAUCACUCUGAACAACGCCAGCAGAGCCUGGUGGAAGGAUGCCGUCAUCUACCAGAUCUACCCCGCCAGCUUCAAGGACGGUAACGGAGAUGGCCUCGGUGACGUCCAGGGCAUGAUCGACAAGGUCGAUUACCUCAAGGACCUGGGCACCGACAUCGUCUGGGUCUCGCCCAUGUACGCCAGCCCUCAGGUCGAUAUGGGCUACGAUAUUUCCGAUUACCAGGACGUCCACCGCCCCUACGGCACCGUCCGCGACAUGGAAGUACUCAUUGAGGAAUGCCACAAGCGCGGUAUGAAGCUCAUCCUUGACCUCGUCGUCAACCACACCUCGGACCAGCACAAGUGGUUUCAGGAGUCGAGAUCCUCAAAAACGAACCCUAAGCGGAACUGGUACAUCUGGAAACCUCCUCGUUACGCCGAGGACGGCACUCGCCUGCCUCCCACCAACUGGCGAAGUCACUUCAGCGGUAGCACAUGGGAGUGGGACGAGCCCACGGGCGAGUAUUACCUCCAUCUCUUCGCCAAGGAGCAGCCCGACCUCAACUGGGAGAACGAGGAGACGCGUGAGGCCAUCUACGAGAACGCCAUGCGCUUCUGGCUCGACAAGGGCGUCGACGGCUUCCGCAUCGACACGGUCAACAUGUACAGCAAGGGUGUCGACUUCCGCGACGCCCCGAUCAUGAACAAGAACGCCUACGAGCAGCCCGCCUACAUGAUUUACUGCAACGGCCCGCGGAUACACGAGUUCCUGCGCGAGAUGAACGCAAAAGUCCUCAACCACUACGACACCGUCACCGUCGGCGAGCUCCCCCACACCCCGGACCCGAAACACGUCCUCAAGUUCAUCAGCGCCGCCGACCGCCAGCUCGACAUGGUCUUCCAGUUCGACAUUGUCGACCUCGGCCAGGGCGUCGGAUACAAGUACCAGGCCCAGAAGUGGACCUUGCCCGAGCUGAAGCGCAUCGUGGCGAAGUGGCAGCAGUUCAUCGAGGGCACCGACGGCUGGACGACGGCCUUUUGCGAGAACCACGACCAGGGCAGGUCCGUCUCGCGCUGGGGCAGCGACUCGCCCGAGUGGCGCGAGACGUCGGCCAAGAUGCUGGCGCUCAUGAUGUGCUCCCAGACGGGCACGCUCUUCGUCUACCAGGGCCAGGAGAUCGGCAUGACCAACGUCUCGCGCAGCUGGGGCAUCGAGGACUACAAGGAUAUCGAGGCGCUUAACUACUACGACGACAUCAAGAAGGAGUUUGGCGAGGGCAGCGACAUGCUGAAGUACGUCAUGGACGGCAUCAACCUGCUCGGCCGCGACAACGCGCGCAUCCCGAUGCAGUGGGACGACAAGCCGUACGCCGGCUUCACGGACAACAAGGACGGCGCGUGGAUGCGCGUCCACGACGAGUACCGGUCCAUCAACGUCGCCAAGCAAGAAAAGGAACCGGGCUCGGUGCUGAACUUUUGGCGCGAGAUGCUGAAGUUGCGCAAGGAGGAGGGCGAGCUUCUGACGCACGGCGCAUUUGAGCUGUUUGAUGUGGAGAACAAGGAGACGUUUGUGUAUAAAAAGUCGCGCGGGGGCCGGAGCGCCGUCGUGGCGUUGAACUUCACGGGCGAGGAGCAGGCAGUCGAGGUCCCCGGCGAGGGCGCCAAGAUCCGGGUUGGAAACUACGACGACGUCAAGGAAAGAGUUGCUUCCGAGGGCGGCAAGACGGUCUUGAGGCCCUGGGAGGGACGUUUGUACCUGCAGGGUUGAAGUUGUGUAAGCAUGUGGUUCUUUGGAUAUACCUCCUGAGUUAUAGGGUAAAAUGGUUUGGUGAAACAAGAUCUAGUACAGAUUUGCGAAUUGCGCUAUUUUGAUGGAUGGUCUAUAGAGAGAUGAUCGGCCUGUUGUGGCUAGAACUUUUUGGGAUUUUUGUUGUUCAGGAUAUCAAAU